CUGUGCUCGGAAUCGGAUAUUUUGUCGUGCUGUUGAACUCUCAACUGUAAAUCUUAUUCACUAUAAAAUUUAGUGCUCUACAAAAUCGUCGUGAGGCACAACGGUCGACUUCGACCAUCAUGCACUGCGGCCUGUCUCGUGACCGAUUGAAUGAAGUCAUCUCGUUAACAGAGCAGUUAUUCCAUUAUGGAUCUGAACCGGCCUCGGCCGACUCGCGGGCGGCCACGAAGGAAGGAAAAAAUGAGGCACGUUGUGUUCAAAACAUCCACAUACGACAUGUGGAUGAAGAAAAAGUUCGAGAUGUGUUGCAGUGGGAUCACCAAUAGUGAAUUUGCGGAGGUUUUGCUGCACCGCGUGUCAACGAAGUUUAGGGAUCCAGGCACAAAUGACAGAAACAGUAUUCCCAGAGCUUUGAGUCGUAAAGACAAAGCGAAAUCCUGUCAUGAACUGUGCUCGGCACCGGCUAAAAGCAUACGUGACAAAUUUGCAGGAUUCACAAAGCCUUUGUCUCCUGUUCUUUUUGAAGAAAAUCUGGAUGAUAGUGAACCGGCGCUUGACCACGCCCCCGCUGCCACAAUGACCUUGUAUAUUUCUAGCGUUGACAUUAUUGGACAGACCAGAGAGAAAUCCUGCUACUUUGCUGAGAACUCAAUUCAACAAGAAGUAAACUCCAUGUAUGAGUCCUUGACUGGCAACCCAUUUCAGAGUCAUCAGUCAAGCAGUUAUGUAUCCUUGACCAAGGAGAUGUUUGGGCAUAUGAUGUUCCACUGUCUGGAGUGCUCCAGUGAGUGUCGGAUCCGAGGGAAAGGCAGAGGUGAGAAUCUCACUUUCAGACAAGAGUGCCUGAUCUGCUGUAACUACAGAGUGUGGACCUCUCAGGCAGCCGUUCUACCAAACAACGAGGUAACUGAUGAGUGUUCACCAUGUGAUGAUGCUCAUGGGCCAUCGUGUGACAGCAUACUUGUGACCAUUGUCCAGGAACACCCAACUGAGUCUCCAAAGCCAACAUGUGAGGACAGUGCUCAAGCUGCUGCUGAUUCCAUUUCAACGAGAGAGCAACAUGACAAGAAUGUGAGGGAGGAGGAGCUGAGUCUCCUGAUGGAAACACAUGAGGACAGUAAUGAGGAAGAUGAUUCAAAUAUUGCCCUGAUAAGUGAAGAAACCACUAACCCAAAUUACACUGAGUCUUCUGACACGCUGACAGCUGAUGAGGAACUUUUUACUGAUGAGUGUAAUGGUGAUCAGCUUGCUGAGAAAGAAAGUGACAAGUCCUCUCAAAACAAACAGGAAGAGGAUUUUGACGUGUACCUGUUGAGUUCCUUGGACGAAGCUAAUGUGAGUGCAGAUGAUGAAAUGCUUACUGAUGAGGACAGAAGUAAAGGGCUCACUGAGAAAGCGAGUGAUGAAUCCUCUAAAAAGAGACAGCAAGAAGAUUCGGACAAGCACCUGCCAAAGUCCUCAGACAAGGCUUUGGAGAGCUGUAAUGAAGAAAUUCCUAACAAGGGCUUUACCAAGAAACCAUUUCAGAACACUAUUAAACCAGUAAUUUGGUGUAUCGACUGUGAAGCUGUAGCUAAAAUGCUUUGUGUAAUUCAGAGGCACAAGAACUACUAUUGCUGUACGGCGUGUGUCUCUGGCAGUGAUGUCCAGAACCCCAGUUUAAAGGACUUCUCUGUUCAUUUUAGUGAUGCCCAGAGUUUUCGUCUGCAUGCCAUUGCUGAGCAUGGUAGCAACCUUUACGAACACAAGAUCUGUCAGGACUGUAAUAAAACAAUCAGGGUGGAGACGGACCGCAACAAGAAGGGUCAUGUGUGCGAGUACAAAAUCAAACCGUUUUCCUGUAAUGUGUGUCACAAACGCUUCAUCACUGAAAUUGGACAAAAAGUGCAUUACCGUCGCUUGCACAGAGACUACCAACAUGCUUGUAAAUACUGCAUGAUGGUAUUUGAUACAAAACAGUCCAAGCUAGAGCAUGAGCAGAGUCACAAAGAAGACGCGCUGUGCUAUAUAUGCCCAGACUGUCCAGAAAAAUUUAGAGAUUUUGUUACACGCAAUGAGCAUUUAAAGACCCACCCAGGUCAAAAGAAACACACCUGCAGCAUAUGCAAUAGUAAAUUUUCUGAGCUUUACAGAUAUGAGAGACACUUGCGCAUCCACUCAGGGGAGAAGCCUUUCAAGUGUGAGGUGUGUAACCGUUCCUUCAACCAGGAUGGACACCUGAAGUCUCACAUGCGUCUCCACACAGGAGAGAAACCCUUCCUCUGUGAGCAUUGUGGAGAGUCUUUUAAUCACAACAUCAGCCUGAGGAACCACCGGCAGAGGCACCAUGGCAUCACUGACUCUAGCUGUGUGCCAGCAGAGGAGAACAAACCAAUCGGGAGACCCAUAAGGAACGAAGAUCAGCCUAGGAGGCAAAGAAAAAUGUGCUCUACUACUGCUGAUGCGGAGCUGGAGAGUUGCGAGUCUGACUCUGAUGAAGAGCAGCAGAAAAGAGGUUGGAAGAGGAAAGGCACAAGGAAGAAACAAGGAAAAAAUAAUGUACAUGCAGACAGUUGACUUGGAGCCGAGCUUUGUAUCAUAGUUACAAAGAGAAAUGGUUCUGUUCACUGAGAUGUAUGAAAUCAUACAGUGGCCAAGAUCAUGUGAUUUUUUUUAUUUUUAUUGUUGCUUAUAGACUCAAACAGAAACCACCAGGAUUACUCAAAAGUAAAACAUUCAUGAGCUAAGAGUUUGCUAAAACAGGUCAGUGUUCAUUUUAAUAUGUGUGGUUAUAUACUGUUUAAAUAAAAUAGUUAUAGUUGUUCCAUAAUUAUUUAGUCUUAUAAAACGUGACUUACAUUCCUAAUUCCUAAGGGUUUAUUUUCUGUUUUAGAAAACAAAGCUGGCUGAAACUACAAAAUAUAUGUAAUGUCGUACAACCAAUAAGAAGUGCACAUUAUUAUACAAGUGCAGUUUAUUCAGGUUUGAGAGCAAACAGAAUUAUACAAAUUGUAUCUCUGAAAUACGUUAUGAAAUUGGAUGUUUCAUCAAUACUCAUGCACUUUUUUCAUCUUUGUUUAUGGCAUAUAACUAGCUUAGCCAUGGGUUUGAAGACUUCUGUAUUUGUAGUGUACCAUCACCACUACUGCAACCACUAGUGAGGAGUAGGAAAUGUAGAUGGAUCUAGAAAAUGGAAAAACACUGAUGACAUUGUUUGUGCAUGUGCAGGAAAGGGUUCUCCAUGUACUAGUGCAUCUCAAAAAAUUAGAAUAUUGUGAAAAAGUUCAAUAUUUUCUAUCAGUUAUUUAAGAAAGUGAAAAUGUUAUAUAUUAUAGACUCAUUACACUAAAAUGUUUCAAGCAUUUUUCUAUUUUAAUUUUAAUCAGUAUGGCAUACAGUACAAAAACAUCUCAAUAUAUUAGAAUAUUUCAUUUCGAGUUUGAGUAAAACAGUAUGAACACAGUGUAUCUCUCAGUCUAGUUCAGUACACAAACCACAAUCAUGGGAAGACUGCUGACUUGACUGUUGUCCAGAAGAUGAUCAUUGAUGCCCUCCACAAGGAGGGUAAGCCACAAAAGGUCAUUGCUGAAAAGAGUGGCUGGAAAAGGUGCACAAGCAACAGGGAUAGCCACAGUCUUGAGAGGAUUGUCAAGAAAAGUUGAUUCAAGAACGUGGGAGAGCUUCACAAGGAGUGGACUGAGGCUGGUGUCAGUGUAUCAAGACCCAUCACGAACAGACAUCUUCAAGAAAGGGGAUACAACUUUCGCAUUCCUAAUAUCAAGCUACUCCUGACCCAGAGACAAUGUCAGAAGUGUCUUAUCUGGGCUAAGGAGAGAAAGAAAUGGACUGUUGCUCAGUGGUCCAAAGUCCUCUUUUCAGAUGAAAGUACAUUUUGCAUUUAAUUUGGAAAUCACGGUUCUAGAGUCUGGAGGAAGAGUCGAGAGGCACAGAAUCUAAAGUGUUUGAAGCCCAGUGUGAAGUUUCCACAGUCUGUGAUGAUUUGGGGUGCCAUGUCAUCUGCUGGUGUUGGUCCACUGUAUUUUAUCAAGUCCAAAGUCAACACAGCCAUCUACCAGGAGAUUUUAGAGCACUUCAUGCUUCCAUCUGCUGACGAGCUUUUUGGAGAUGCUGAUUUUCUUUUCCAGCAGGACUUAGCAUCUACCCACAGUGCCAAAACUACUACCUAAUGGUUUGCUGACCAUGAUAUUACUAUGUUUGAUUGGCCAGCCAACUUGCCUGACCUGAACCCCAUAGAGAAUCUAUGGGGUAUUGUCAAGAGGAAGAUGAGAAACACCCGACCCAAAAAUACAGAUACGCUGAAGGCCACUAUCAAAGCAACCUGGGCUUCAAUAACACCUCAGCAGUGCCACAGACUGAUCACCUCCAUGCCACACCGCAUUGAUACAGUAAUUCAUGGUAAAGGAGCCCCAACCAAGUAUUGAGUGUAUAAAUGAAUAUACUUUUCAGAAGUUGGACAUUUCUGUAUUGUAAAUCCUUUUUUUUGAUUGAUCUUAGGGAAUAUUCUAAUAAUUUGAGAUACUGGAUUUCUGAUUUUCAUGAGCUAUAAGCCAUAAUCAUCAAAAUUAAAACAAAAAAGGCUUUAAAUAUUUCACUUUACAUGUAAUGAAUAUAGAAUAUAUGAAAGUUUACCUUUUUGAAUUAAAUUAUGAAAAAAAAUGAACUUUUUCAUGGUAUUCUAAUUUUUUGAGAUGCACUAGUAUGUUUAUUGGGGAUCCAGAAGAUGCCAUAGCAAAGAGGCCACAUUUAUGGGAGAUUGUCAAAUUUAUUAUGAUUGAUUUAUUAUUAUGAUGUUAGUGACAUAAUCCAUUACAUACCAUUAUGGAAGUGAUUACAUUUAUUAUUGAGUUAUUAUCCUGUUUACCUGAUCACUGGAAUUAAAUGGGUUGACUAUG